CGACUGAUCUUAGCUCUAAUGGGAUUCAGAAGAAAAGGAGGACGCUCAAAAGGCUCUAACAGUGCUGGUAAAAAGAGACCAGAUUCAACCUACUCUGACAAGCCAAAGCAAGGCGAUCGCCUCGACUACCCGAAUAUUGAAAAGCACAACCAAGCUUUCUACGACUAUUACAAGAAACAAGGAAUCCUUUCGGACGAAGAAUUUAAGCAGUUUUAUGAAGUCUUAGCAACUCCACUUCCGACCACGUUCCGCAUCACUGGCAGCAGAGAAACUGCCCUUGAGCUUCGUGAGCAGAUCAAGAACCGUUAUGUUCCUUCAUUGCAGAACGUCGAAAUCGAUGGAGAUAUCAUUCAGCCUCCCCAGCCUUUGAACUGGUACCCUGAUGAUCUUGGUUGGCAUUUCAAGGUGUCGAGAGGUGUUCUUCGUAAAUCUCCCGAUAUCAAUGCCUUCCACAAAUUUAUUGUUGCUGAAACAGAAAUCGGUAACAUCAGUCGCCAAGAAGCUGUCAGUAUGAUUCCACCGCUUUUGCUCAAGGUCCAGCCUCAUCAAUGGGUUUUGGAUAUGUGCGCCGCUCCUGGAUCAAAGACCGCUCAAAUCAUUGAAGCUGUGCAUGCUAAUGACAGACAAAAUGAAAUUCCAACUGGACUUGUCAUUGCAAAUGACGCAGACUACAAGCGCAGCCAUAUGCUUGUCCAUCAAUGCCGUCGUCUUGCCAGUCCUUGCUUUGUAGCCACCCACCAUGAUGCAACUCAUUUCCCCAAUAUCCACCUGAAGGACGAUAACGGCCGUGUAUAUAAAAUGCAAUUCGAUAGAGUUCUAUGCGAUGUUCCAUGCAGUGGUGACGGUACCUUCCGAAAGAACGAAACUAUCUGGCGUAACUGGGGCAUUGGUGGAGGUAUUGGAUUGCACCCUACCCAAGUCCAGAUUUUCCUUCGUGGUGCUCAGUUGACCAAGGUCGGAGGACGAAUCGUAUACUCUACUUGUUCGUUCAAUCCUAUUGAGAACGAAGCUGUUGUUGCUGAAGUUCUCAAUUUGAGUAACGGAGCCUUGCAACUCCAAGACGUUUCAAAUGAACUUGUUGGUUUGAAGCGCAAGCCUGGUAUGAAGACUUGGAAGGUCAUGACCAAGGAAGGACUAUGGAUCGACUCACCGGAGGACAUCCCCGAACAGCGAAAACGUUCAAGAUAUCCUCGCAGCAUGUUCCCACCUGCCAAUGUGGAUGAAUUGCCCCUUGAACGCUGCGUGAGAAUCUACCCCCAUGAACAGGAUACUGGUGGUUUCUUUGUUGCUGUAUUUGAGAAGGUGUCCCCUAUGACUGGAGCCGACACUGCCUACAUCGCUCAUAUGAAGGGCGAUGCGAUAGUCAAAGAGGAAGAGCUCAUUGAAAGCGAAAAGAAAGAUGAAGAAUUGUUGGAUAACGUUGGUCCAAAGGAAGAUGAAAGCAGCACUGCUCCCGGUACACCAGAAGUUAAGGAGGAUGUCGAAGUUCCCAGCAAACGAGCCGCCGCUGAAGGCGAAGAGUCUGCGGCCAAGCCAAACAAGAAAGCCAAGGAAUCCGAAGGUCUCAAGGAAGCACCUUUUGAACUUAUGUCUCCUGACAGCGAAGAUGUGGUUGAGGCAACUGAAUUUUAUGGCCUUGCUUCUAAUUUCCCCAAGACACAAUUCUUGUUGCGCUCAAUGGAAGGUAACUCCAGAAACCGUACCAUCUACUUCGUAUCAGAAUCAGUCAAGACCAUCUUGAGCCAACCAGCCGCCAAGAGACUGCGGUUAGUCAAUACUGGUGUCAAGGUCUUUGUUCGUCAAGGAUCACCUAUGGAUGGCGGUUGUCCUCUACGCAUCUCAUCGGACGGUCUUUCGUUGAUCUCCCCCUACGUAUCGGAAAAACGAUGCUUCGAUCUAUCUACUGACGAACUCAGAGCGGUGGUCACCAAAGCGUUCCCCUUGAUUGAAGAAUUUGACGAACAGAGCAGAGAACGUCUCACUGCCCUUGAACCAGGAUGCUGUAUUUUCCGUUAUGACACCAGCAAGCUAAGCGACAGCAAGCAACGUGGCUUGUGGUUGCCCUUAACCUUACCGGUCUGGAAAGCUCGGGUAUCGUUCAACCUGCUGUUAAACAAGAAGGAAAAGAAGUCACUUAGUUUGCGGCUAUUUGACGUUGAGCCGGAACAUGCACCCGCUGAACUACAGCAUAAACAAAUGGCCAAUAUGAAUAAGAGCGAUGAAGCUAGUAGCGUAUAACCGUCACAUAUAGAGUAAAAAAAAAUGAACUUCCGAUUGUCAAUACAAUACGCUUCUUCUAAUUUUGAAGCUUUAUAUUUUUUUCAUUCACCGUUUGGCAAAUCGUGAAGAGUUUAAAAGUUUUGGCAAAUCUGUUUUUGGUUGCAGCGUGAACUUUCAACCAAUCAUGUUGCCACUGAAUUCCCCGUUAGGAAAUCCCUGCUUAAACUCGUCCCCCACCGCACGACCGUGGUUCCAGAGCUUUUCUGAGAGAAUAUAAAAAGACAAGCAGACUUUCCGGCGGCA